CUAGCAUUGUUUAAAUAAGUCCAAAUUUCAUUAGCAAGUAAUCAGUUCAAGUUGAACAAUGUUCAUCAACAGAUCAGCAAUUUUUGCGCUUCUGAUCCCGGCGCUGAUCAGCCAAGCUAAGGCUGGCCAUCCCUUUGACUUUUUCGAAGGAACCCUUGACGAUUUUGACGAUUGUCUGAAGCUGAACAAUAUUUCCCUUGAGGAAUACCAAGAUUUUCAGAGUUACGAUAAUUUGGAGAAUGUUCUCAGUGAGGCUGUCGAAUUGACCUACAAGUGCAGCAUUAAAUGUCUGCUGGAGAGUGAGCCAACUAAAUGGCUGAAUGAACUGGGUAAAUAUGAUCCUGAAUCGAUAAAUGCCACCAGUGAAGAAGCGGAAUACAUUACAAAGUGCAUGGACAAUGCCUCCGAUGAACCUUGUGACUACGCAUUUAAACUAUUUCUAUGUGUCUUCGAGCACGAAUCUAAACACCAAAUGUUAGAGGAAACCACCGAUAUAGCAGCAGAACAACAGGUGGCACAAGACGAAAGCGAUGUCAUCGAUAUAAACCAUUAAAAAAGGGUUGCCUACGUUGCAAACUGGGCCAGAAAGAUAUUUUUCGGCCAAAAAAAUUUCGUUUAUUUCUCUGAAUAGCUAAGAAGCUGACAUAAAGCAUAAACCAACAAAAAAAAUUUUUUUUUUAUGAAUUUUAUAAGUAAUAUUUUAUUCAAUGUACUAAAAUAAACUUUAUUGCAACCAGA